AUGCCAAGUAGAACUGAAGAGUUGGACCGCUUACUUGAGAAAAUAAUCAACUCCCCUCAUGGGACAGAGGCUUCGAAGACGUUAGAGGAGAUUGAAAAUAAUCAGUCAUAUAUACUAGAUGUACAACUGAAGAAAUUGUUGCGACUUCAGGAUGAUUCAUUCAAGAAUAAAUGUGUUUCGCCUGUGAAUGAUAUGCUAGAGAAGUAUACUCCAUAUUUGGGGCGUACCGAAGCGUUACAGGAGGAAGCGGAACUCGUGGACAGGGACCUUCGGAUCAUCGAGAUGACGUAUCAACUCAUCAAAAAGAAUCGUAAUUCGGAAUGA